CUGGACUCUAGUUGCCGCGAUCAAGGCGUGUUCUUGCUUGGCCGAGAAGGAAGAUGGCGAGAGUUUUUCUUCGGUGGUGAAGAAGACCACAUCGCUCAAGAGAGUGUGGGAGCCUGGAGGAUGCUCACAGGGUGUUCGACUUGAUGCCUUGCCACAGCGUUGUUUCGUGGAACUCGUUGAUCCUCGGCUACGUACAAAGCGGUGAAGGGAGCCUGGCUUUGCUGGUGUUCUCCGAAAUGCAGCAGAGAGGCUGUGCUCCAAAUGCUCUCACUUACACUGCUGCGUUGAAGGCCUGUAGCAGUGUGGCAGCCAACGACGAAGGGAAGUUUCUCAAGCUCAAGAACUUGGAGAAAGGAAGAGCUCUUCACUGGCAAGCUACAAAAGCAGGUAUGGACUCGGAUCUUUUGCUGGGAAGCACUUUGAUUGACAUGUACGCGAAGUGUGGCAGCCUUGUGGAUGCAAGCAGGGUCUUUGACAGGAUGCAGAGUAAAACAGCAGUGUCAUGGAACGCGCUGCUACUUGGCUAUGCGGAAAACGGUGAAGGCCAUCUGGCUUUAGAGCUCUUCUCACGGAUGGAAACCGAAGGCUUUACUCCGGACUCGAGAACUUACGUAGCUGCUCUCAAGGCGUGUGCUGGUCUAACAGGAAAGGAAACAGGAAGCUCGGUUGGGGGACAGGUUGUGAAGAAUUCAAGUUUAGAAAAAGUGAUGGCUAUACACUCUCGCGCGAGGAACAGGGGGUAUGACACAGAUAUCUACGUCCAGAAUACUCUGGUAGAUGCUUACGCAAAAUGUGGAAGCAUGUGGGAUGCUCGUGGUGUGUUCGACAGAAUGCUAUAUCGUGGUGUUGUUUCAUGGACUGCGUUGAUACUCGGAUACGUAGAGGCUGGGGAAGAACAGCUGGGCCUGGAGUUAUUUGAGCAGAUGAAAGAUCAUGGUGGCCAGCCGAAUGCUCGCACUAUUGUUGCUGCUGUUAAGGCCUGUACAGGACUGGCAACAAAAGAAACGGGCCAGAAAGUUGAGGGUCGCAGAAAGCUUGUCAAGUCCGAGGCUCUAAACAGGGGCUUUCAGAUACACGCCGAAGCAUCGGCAAGCCUUUGUGACGUCGACAGUUUCGUAGCCAGCAGCCUUGUGAACAUGUACGCGACUUGUGGCAGUCUGGCCGAUGCUCGCAGCGUUUUCGACAAGAUUCGCAAGCCCGACACAGUUUUAUGGAACGUUUUGAUGCUGGGGUAUGUUGACAACGGUGAAGCUGAGCUAGCUCUGCAUUUUUAUUCGUCGGUGAUGGGGCAUACGGGCUGCCAACCAGAUGCGUCAACAUUCGUCACGGCACUCAAAGCAUGUGCCGCUCUCGCAGACGCGAAAGCAGCUAAAGCAGUUCACGGCGAUAUCGUCAGGCUACACGGACUGGACAGGAACGGGGGAAUUCUCCUAAACUCUCUGGUGGACGUCUACGGAAAAUGUGGGAGCAUGAUUGAAGCUCAGCAGGCCUUCGAUCUUAUACCGACUGAGGACUUACAGGUGGGAGCUUGGAACGCGCUUUUGGUUGGUUUUGGUCGGCAAGGCGAUGCUAAACAGGUCUUCAAGGUCUUUCAGAUAAUGCAGGACGAAAGCUUCAAAGCCGAUGGCAUCACCUUGAACUGCGUGCUCACGGGCUGUAGUCACGCUGGUCUGGUUGAAAGGGGCCGAGAGUUUUUCCAGUCGAUGGAACACACAUUCGGUAUUCCUCCAGACGUAGAGCAUUACACUUGCGUGGUUGACAUGCUCGGACGGGCCAACAAGCUAACCGCUGCACUGGAGGUGGUGAAGUCCAUUCCGACCAGAGUGGACGCCGUGAUCUGGAUGACCCUUCUCACUUCGUGCUGGAAGUGGAGGAACUUGGCCAUAGGGAGGGUCGCGUUUGAUGCUGUGCUUCAGCUUGGAAACAACGAGAAAAUCGACGCGGCUUACAAUCUGAUGGCCAAUCUUUGCUGGAGCGCUCAAGCUAACGAGGCACGCUGUCCUUAGCUGAUGAUCAUCGUCUUCUCGUGGAGAGGAGACUAGACUUUGGCCCUUCUUCAGUAUCGCUUCACCAAACUCGAAUCUUCCUGGACUUCGACGGAAGCUCGUGAAGUGAAACACAGAUUCCAAAUGCUGGAGAUCGCUCGAUCGAAACCAACGAACGACGUACGAAAAAUAUCUUGCGCGCUCCGCAUGGUACUACUGCUCGGCCCGAGCAUUAAAUUUGCAGAGUUUUUUAAAUUUGUCUGGUGAUGAUGUUUACAACACUCUGGCACGCGGACCAGGCGAUGCGAGGCGAUUCAGACAGGCUUCCGUGGACGCAACUGCUUGUCAUCUUGUUGCGAGCCGCGGAACUUGUUGUUUGGAGCAACUUAGCCUAUCAAAGGAACGCGAGAAUUUUGUCGGAUUCGGACGGAGCCAUGCAAAUAAAGUGGGCCGCGCUCGUAAAAUCAAAGCGACCAUGUCUGGUACCCGACUGCGUCCAUGGUUUGCAGCCACAUCCGCUACGGAGAUAGUUGCUCCACAUAUUAUACG